AUGUGCUUUCGACUGAACGUCCUCAUUCAGCUCGUUGUGAUGCUGUUAUUGAUCUUGGAGAUCACCUCCAAGUUCGAGUUCACAAACAUCCAGUGCAAUUCUUUGGACGAUGACUUCAGCGGCAUUGAAAACUGCUUUUUAAAGUCAGUGAAUCGGAGCUACAAAUAUUUAUCCCUGAAAGUUAACCUACACAAAAAACCUGUUUCGGAAAUCAAAGUAAAUGUUUCGUUGCUGAAGCGAUUCAAUGGCUACAAGCCUUUUCUGUACAACAUCACUGUGGAUGCCUGCAAAUUCCUCAAAAAUCCCAAAUCGAAGCCCAUUUUUAAUUACUUUUACAGCUUCUUCAUCACUCAAUCGAAUCUGAACCACUCCUGCCCCUACGAUCACGAUGUUAUAGUGGAUAGGCUCACUGCCGACUUUGUAAAUCACAAAAUUACGAAAGUAUUGAGCUUUCCCGAGGGCGACUAUAUGGUGGAAACCAAUUGGAUGGCCAAUGGCGUUAACCGGGCUCUCGUGAAAAUCUAUGGCACACUUUCGUGA